AUGGCAGGAGACUAUACAGCUGUCAGAAACGUUUGUGAGGAUGAGAAGUACUGGGGAAUAGCUGGGGGUCCAGUCCUGUCUGUGUGGCUGGCUCUAGACGACUCACUGGCAGAAAACGGAGCCUUGAAGGUCAUCCCAGGAAGCCACUGCUCGGGCAUGCUGCCCCACCAACUCGCCACCCGCCCCGGAAACAUGCUGUCAGUCAACCAGGAGAUCCCUGAGGAGCUGGUGCAAACAGACAGCGCUCUACUCUGCCCCCUGCUGGCUGGGCAGAUGUCUAUCCAUGAUGGGUUCCUGGUCCACGCCAGUGACCCCAACACAUCCCAGAAGAGACGCUGUGGCUUCGUGAUCCGAUACGUCCCUACCUGUGCCUACCCUAUACAGGACCCAGACCGCCCCAGACGUUUCCAUGCUACAGUGAUGGCCAGUGGAUCAGACCAGUUCAGUCACUUCUCCACCUAGCUAUGAUAAGCCUUACACCACAACUCCAACCAUAUCCAUACCGAUCGCAUUACUGUAUUACUGUCUGCUACUUAGAGGAUCCUAAUGAUGCUGUGUUCACCUUGAUGACUUACUGCUGUGGUCACCUUGAUGACUUACUGCUGUGGUCACCUUGAUGACUUACUGCUGUGGUCACCUUGAUGACUUACUGCUGUGGUCACCUUGAUGACUUACUGCUGUGGUCACCUUGAUGACUUACUGCUGUGGUCACCUUGAUGACUUACUGCUGUGUUCACCUUGAUGACUUACUGCUGUGGUCACCUUGAUGACUUACUGCUGUGGUCACCUUGAUGACUUACUGCUGUGGUCACCUUGAUGACUUACUGCUGUGGUCACCUUGAUGACUUACUGCUGUGGUCACCUUGAUGACUUACUGCUGUGGUCACCUUGAUGACUUACUGCUGUGGUCACCUUGAUGACUUACUGCUGUGGUCACCUUGAUGACUUACUGCUGUGGUCACCUUGAUGACUUACUGCUGUGGUCACCUUGAUGACUUACUGCUGUGGUCACCUUGAUGACUUACUGCUGUGGUCACCUUGAUGACUUACUGCUGU